CUUACUCUCGAGCGCCCAUUUCUAAACGACUUUGUCCUUUCGCAUCGUGAGACUGUUUGUUCCUUUCUUCAUCCACACUCUACCUUCGCCCGACCACCCCUCAUCCUAAACAUCCCGUCUCCUGACGUAGACCGCAAUCAUGUCUCAAUCCGGAGCCACCGUUUCCCAGGACUGCAUUACUGCUUUCAACGACUUGAAGCUUAACAAGAAGUACAAGUUCAUCGUCUACAAGCUCUCUGACGAUUACAAGGAGAUCGUUAUCGACAAGGCCUCUGAGAGCCGAGAUUGGGAGGACUUCCGUGAGACGCUCGUCAACGCUACCGCCAAGAGCCGAACUGGCGCUGUUGGCAAGGGUCCCCGUUACGCCGUUUACGACUUCGAGUACAACCUGGCCUCCGGCGAUGGUAUCCGAAACAAGAUCACCUUCAUCGCCUGGUCUCCUGAUGAUGCUGGUAUCCAGCCCAAGAUGAUCUACGCUUCCUCCAAGGAGGCCCUUAAGCGAUCGCUCACCGGCAUUGCCACCGAGUUGCAGGCCAAUGACACUGAUGACAUCGAAUACGACUCCAUCCUCAAGACCGUCAGCAAGGGUCUUGCCGCUUAAGCGCGUCGUCAUGAAAUCGCCUAAUCGCCGCCCCGCGCUCCCUUAUAGAAGCGGGUGGUGAUGGAGUUUGAACAUACCUAUGGCCGUUUCAAGAGUUGAGACGCCAAAAUAAGCAAGCAAUCAAAUGAGUAGGAGUGCAUAGUGUGCGGAUGGAAACAGGCGCGGGGAGACCAUGGGGUUUUCGUUUCUUUUGGGGACGUAACCAACGAGUUUGCUUCAGGAGGCGAAACGUAAAUUCGCAUAAUUGCCAGCCCUGACCAUGUAUCGUACGUAACCCCGGAAAAUAAAACCGCAUGCUGGUAUAUGGCAAUCAUGGGCAUUUUAUUAUUUGUUUGACGUUGUGUCUUUGUAAUGCUGUGCUUGCUUCUAAAUCUAGGGAUUUGCCUGGUUUGACUGCCAACUGGAUUUGAAAAGACCUGAAAGGCGCUCCGCCUCAGCCUCAUCCUUUAAUCUCUGCAUCAAGAAUCCCUUGAGGUCGCUCCAGAAUUCAUCUGUCUGCAGCGCAUGUGCACCCGUAGGCUGGGCCUCAGGGGUGGCCUCAGGCUCCUCCGGUGGGAUAGCAGCAGCCCCGCCAAUGACCAUGACUGUGAACUCGAUAGACAUAUCCGUCUCGCCCAAAAUUUCCUUGAGAAUCUUACUGUCGGGUAUAGGCUUCUUGUUGUGCAACAGCUUCGUCUUAGCGGCGGGUAUCCUUGUCUGCUUCUGAAUGUUGUUCUUGAUGUCCAGGAUCGAGGUAUCGAGG